GACGUGAGAACACAAGUACACUUGACUUGCUUCAUUUCCCGCGCAAAUUCACAAGCACGCAAYWCCGCGAAAUCAGCGCGUUUUAGAGAGAUACAUGACUACAAAAAUAAACCCAGAUUAUAGCAUUUCUGCUUCGUCAUCUUGUUUGAUCAUCUGGAUAUCUGGAAAUACAUGAAAAGAGWGARAGCAAACACAAUAAUUCCCUGUCGGCUAAGACGCGAUUGGUCAAUUGGUGAUUGAUUGACAGCUUUGGUAUGUUUUAUUUUGAUUCCACGCCGUAGUGAGCCAGUUUUGAAAGGACGUUUAUCGGGGCGCGUUGGUGAAAGAACUGUUCUUUUGUACUUGAUCAUUUACCCCUAUUGAAUCUAAUCUAAGAACAAUAGUGAAUACAAGUUAACAACAGUCUUUACUGAAAUAACCGAUACAUUUGUUAAAAAAACCGGCAACUUCUUGAACCAAACUGACACGUGGCUUUGUUGAUCACUGGUAGAACCUAGUAUUUCUGAGGCCACACGACAAGAAUUCCCUGAACACUUGUUCAUCAACUUAAUAAUACUCAUUCCACAAUGGAAAAAGGAGCUCCUGCUUCACUAGUAAAAGUCGUAGCGAAGGAAGAUGUCCCAUCCAGUACAAAGGAAGUUACAACCAAUGGAGUCAGUGAUGGAGUCGUAGUGACUUUGCCGCCGAACCCCAAUGUUAGAGACUCGGAAGAAAACAUCGUGACGGAACAACAAGCUGUUGUUAACAUCAAGAAAGACGAAAAUCCGGCUGGUGUGGCUACGAAAACAGAAGAUGAUGCUAGGCCUAAAUGGGGCAACAAGUUAGAAUUUAUUCUUGCUACCGUGGGAUUUGCUGUCGGACUUGGGAAUGUCUGGCGUUUUCCAUAUUUAUGUCAAAAAAACGGAGGAGGUGCGUUUUUGAUUCCCUACUUCAUCAGUCUUACCUUACUGGGAAUCCCCCUCUUCUUUCUGGAACUUGGAAUCGGUCAAAGUGUACGACAAGGGUCCAUUGGAGUAUGGAACUAUAUCCAUCCUUAUCUUGGAGGUGUUGGUUAYGCCUGUGUUGUAGUAUGUCUGCUAGUAGCCAUAUACUACAACAUGAUUAUUGCCUGGUGUUUCUACUAUCUCUUUGCUUCUUGGCAAGAUCCCUUGCCAUAUUCAAAAUGCCCCAUGAUCAAGCAUGGAAAUGGAUCUAUGAUAAUGGAGCCGGCAUGCGAACUUGCUGGAACAACUCAGUACUACUGGUAUCACGAUGCUCUGCAAGUGACRCCCUCGUUGGAAGAGAGUGGUGGACUCACAUGGCAUCUGGCUUUGACUYUACUGCUUGCCUGGGUUGUAGUCUGGCUGUGCAUGAUGAAGGGGGUACAGUCAGCUGGAAAGGCUGUCUAUUUCACAGCUACCUUUCCAUACAUUGUGCUUAUCAUUUUCUUUGGACGUGGUAUCACUCUGCCAGGCUGUUUUGAUGGCAUAAAAUACAUGUUUAAACCGCAGUUUGACAUGAUUUUAAAGCCUGGRGUUUGGCUUGCUGCWGCUACACAGAUCUUUUUCUCUCUCAGUCUUGCCUUUGGUGGGCUGAUUGCCAUGUCAAGCUACAACCCUGUUCACAACAACUGUCACAGAGAUGCAAUUCUAGUGUCUUGCAUUAAUUGUGGAACGUCCAUUUUUGCUGGUAUUGUCAUCUUUGCCAUUCUUGGUUUCAAGGCACACACAUCUCUCCAUGAAUGUUUGACUGUUUAUGGAGUUAAUGGAACAAAAAUCUUGCCAGCCAAUGAGACACUUGCAUCUCACUGCCAAGAUAUUGACUACUGGCUCUCCAAGACUGCCUCUGGUCCUGGUUUGACUUUCAUCGCCUUCACAGAGGCUAUUGUCAAAAUGCCUGUAUCCCAGCUGUGGGCUACAUUGUUUUUCCUCAUGUUGAUGACCCUUGGUCUUGGUAGUAUGUUUGGUACGCUGGAAGGUGUUAUCACUCCAGUUUAUGACUUGAAACUUGUCCCKUGGAGAAARGAGAUUAUCACAGCUAUCAUCUGUGCAUUCUGCUAUCUUAUUGGGCUACUCUUUUGCCAACGAUCGGGCCAAUACUGGCUUCARAUGUUUGAUACUUUCUCUGGCACCAUUCCUCUCCUUAUCAUUGGAUUCUUUGAACUGGUUGGAGUGUCAUGGAUAUAUGGGCUAAAACGGUUUGAAGAUGAUUUGGAGUAUAUGUUGAAGAUGCGUCCCAGUCUUUACUUCCGAAUCACCUGGAAGUAUGUCUCUCCUGGCUUGGUUAUUAUCAUCCUUGUAGCAAGUCUCAUUAGCAUGGGUCUGGAUCCAAUGAACUAUGAAGGCUUUGACUACAAUGAGGGUCGAUCAAAACCACUGGAGUUCCCUGGUUGGGCCUAUGCCCUCAUUGCUUUCCUCAUUGGUUCGUCCUUCCUAUUUAUACCUGGCAUACUUCUGCUCAGAUACUUCAAUAUUGUACCAUAUCAACGAAAACAGUAUGGUAAGGCAAGAGCAGGCGAUGAAGUUACCCCUGCAGCAGUCACACCAUCCAUGUCGCAAAUACCAUUACCAGCAUCUGAGAUACCAUUAGCAGGAAGGGUAGAAAAUGGACAAGCAUAACCAUAAUGUUUGUAUUUGUUACAUGCUGAACGUUUCUUUUGGGACUUACCUGAUAUUGCUUUAGCAAGAGAGUUUUUCACAGUACAUUUCAAUGCGCAACAUGAUCAUUUUAAGUGCAUUGCAUGUUGUGAGAAAUUAUCUUGCAAUGAUAAUUUAGGCAAGUUUUACAAGAAAUGUUCAGCAUGUAACUGUAAGGCUGUCUGCUUUUUGCCAGUUUUGAUUGGACAACAGAUUUGCCAGAGAGGGCUCAAAGUAAGUUCCACUCUAUAACAGCAAGAAGCAGACAGCUGUAAACCAUAAGUUGCCACUCAGCAAUCAAGCGGUGAACUGCGUCAGGGGGUUUGUCAGCAUAAUUCUGUCCCACAGAAGUGCAUGGGUUUUAAACCUCAAACUGUUGCGAGUCUCAGGGGCUUCAAGAUUCAUUCUGACCCACAGACAGUGUUUGGGUUUCCAUUGGGCUGUUGUUUAUAACCAUGAAUAUAAAGUUAGAAUCUUCACUAAGAUGGUAGCUAUUAUAAAAGAGUGCUAGACUGAAGGAGCACUUGGAGGUUCAAAUGAGAAGCAAGGGUGGCUAGUGGYAUUAGAGCCAUGGUGUAGURCCAMUAUCAUUGAUAUCCAGUUCCCAAAUGGGGACCAUGUGUGGCUUUAGGCUUGUUGUCUAAUCUCAAUCUUGCUAUGACUAAUUGACUAAUAUUGAUCUAAGCCGUGCUCAUUGAUGGGACACUAUUGAGUAGUACUUGUUACGGUACUCUAUAUGUCCAUAAUAGURUAUUACUAGCCACUUAAUGAAAGCACCCCCUUGACUUCAUCAGAUUGAGCUGAAGUCUUCAUAUUUCAGCAAUAUCCUUUACAUAGCAUAGUACGUUUCAGCAAGCCCAUACCUAUCCAAUUCUCUCCAUACUACCCCCCCUCCCCCCCCCCAAUCCUGCUGAGUGGCUACUUAUGGGGGAAGGGAGGGGAGGGAUUGGGUUGAAUAGAGGUCUUGAUUGUAAAUAUAUACUUAACUGGUUUAGCACUUGUUUUCUCUGAAAACACAUUUUGUAUGCCAGGUGUGAGAUUUGACAACUAUUUCCACAGUUCACACCUUCAUCAUAUUGUGUUUUUAGACCCCUCUUUGGUGUUUCUCUGCAUAUUAUAUUAUAUUUUCUUUUUAACCUGGAGCUGUCUUCUAAAUUUUCUUCUUGGUGGUGAAAUUCUUGCUUUAAGCUGCAGGGCGGCGUAAAGCCAUCUCAGAAUUUGUACCUCAUCACAGGGUACAAAUCAAAUCCAAAAUAAUUAUAAAAUAUGUUUUUAAUCUCCUUAAAAGAGUUUGUACAGAACAAGAUAAAUAUUAUAUUGAACCCAUGGGUGGGCUGACCGACUGCAGAUAUCUAGGGCCAGUUUUUCAAAGGGUAAAAAUCAAAGAAAAUCUUGGUAGUGGUUAACUUUUCCGUAACCCUUUGUACAAUCUGAACCYGAGCCUGGAAUAUACAAUUCAUUUGGUAUGUAUAAAGAAUCCAAAACUUGGCUUUGGGGAAUGUUUGAUCUAUUUAUUCAUGCUUUUAAGUCUUGUUUUGGCGCUAAGUGAGAUGUAUAUCGACACAAGGCUAUUGAUAUUAUUAUUAAUCAUUAAGUUCUUAUCUGCUGUCUUGGUAUCAACUAAGGGUGKUUUUUUUUUGUAACAAAGUUUUGGUUUGAUCAAAGAACAGGUUUUCUUGACCAAGCUCCUCUAAGUCAUUUAUUUUAAAUUGCAACACGUCUUCUUGCAAGCUAAUUAUAUUUUAUAAUCUGACAAUAGUGCUACUGAAUUUAGAGCGGAUUUCGUAUGGUUGUGCAAAAAAUACUGUGCUGUCGCAUUACAAAAUCCGCUCAGUCAGACACUUGCCUUUAAUUUUGCAGUCAUCCAGGUCUUUUAGAAUUCAUAUAGGCCUUUCAUUGUUUGAUUAUYAUGUUCGUGUAUUUUGUGAUCGUCUUUCAUGAUAUAAUAGGGUUUGUCGUUCUAGUAAUUGUAUAUCCUGUGGACUUCAAUCHUCAUUUUUUUCCGCUUUAAAAAACUGGACGAAAAAAUCAUUCUAUUUAAUUUUACAGAAAAUCACAGGAGUUUAACCCUUUCACCGCCAUUGUCGACAUUUGUCGACGUCGACGUAUGCCUCUCUUUAAAAAAAUAUUAUUCUAUUAAUUGCAUAGCAAAUGAACUAAUUAUGUUUUGGUUGGGUUGUCCGUGAAAUUAUACAGCUGCUAAUUCAUAAAGUAAGCACCAUAGGGUUUCUUUGUGGUGAAUGUGGUCCCUUAAUUGAGGGCGAAAUCUGGCUGCACGCUUUUCGACGUUAGACAAGAACACUAGAAAAAGGCUAAAUAUAUUUUCAAUUUUACUGCAAAAAAUCCCUCAAUCAUGCCAAAAUACAACAUUUGAAAGAAAGUUCAGCCCUUCUACUUUGCAUUGAUGUGUCUUUUGUAACCAGUUUCAUUGAACAAGCUGAGAAAGAGCUCUUUCUUUAGGGUUCAUUCCAUGAGACAAGUGUUUCCUUGAACUUCGCUUGCAAAGAAUUCUGGGUAACGGUGAAUUUUUUGGACAGAAAGUACCCCACACCUUCCAUUUUAAAAUUUUCUUUAAGUGUCGAGUCAUUCGCUCCUACCAGGAAAAUUUCAAGUAGAUUCCUGUUUUUAGAAGCCAAAACAUGCAAAAAUAUACACGGUAGGUUGCGAAGUCAAGCACAAAACAGCCAGGGAGACGACUUCACUUAAAUGGCGCCAUUUUACACAAAUCAACGGUUGCUCGCCAUUUUCUUCGUAAAAUCGCUUCCCACUUCUKAUUUCUUCCAGAAGAUCGCUUCUGCCACAAUAGUCAAGCUUUAUGAUGCAAGUCUAGGGGCUCUUGUGCGAGAACUUGACUUCAAAAACACCUAAAAACCGAUUUUUCCUGUGUUUUGAACGAGCUGAUUGCUAGUCGAAGCCACGAGCAAAAAUCUUACAGGCAUCCCUUGCAAAAGUAAGCCUUCAGUUAUCACGAACAGCAGCUGUUUCCUUGACAACCUUAAGAUUAGUCCCGAAAUCAUUUUUAAAUCAUUCUGCCUUAAAAACAGUCAAAUUUAACCACAAUUAUUCGGCGGUAAAAGGGUUAAACAGUUUCACAAAACAUUACUCAUGUUUGACCAUGUAUUCAUCUGUCGGAAACUUUCCAUAGACUACAAAAACAUUACAAUCACAUCGUGUUAAAAGGAUUUAGUUGCAACAAUUUGAAGUUCAUUUUUAAACUUCAUUGCAAUUAGAAUCCUUCAUAUUUUUAGAAAAUCAUAUAUUAAAAAAGACCGAAAUAUAAAACUGAAUCGGYACUUAUUCCAAGAUUGAGGUAAAUUAUUAGACUAUUUUAAAGGGAUUUUGUGUCUUGGUGAAGAGUCUGAAUUCAUUCUUCAAAAUAAACAAAAAAACAAAAAUCAAGUCUCUUGCUAAAAAUCUKUAAGUUGUUAAUUUAAAAGUAUGUAAUUGCCUAGCGUAUUGUCAUCCCAAGUGUUCUGGGAAAAAAGAUUCUUAAUUUGCUAGGAGUUGCUUUAACAAUUACAAUUUUAGUCAUAGCAACCACAUGGACUAGACUUAGCAACUGUGUUAUGUUGCCAUGGRAUUACCAAGUCACCAUGGCAAUCAGUUAUCUGUAGCAGUCAAAUUUUAGACGCUUUAUUUCGUAACAAUUUCGUUUUGAAUCUGUUACAUAAAGCAUUGAUGUUUUUAUCAUAAUUCAAAAAAUGGCAAAAAUAUCAUUGGAAAAUUCAACUAUAGUUUUAGAUAAAAAGUGUAUUUUUAAGACGCAAGUGUUGAUCUAAUAUAUCGUAUACUUAAUAUAAAUAUUUGUAUAUUGUGUGCUAAUACCUGACUUAUUAUUAAGGGGGACACAAGAUUGUUGUGAUUGUCAAUUUGUAGAGAUGACAAGUAGUCAUUCACAGUUUAUGAAACAAGUUGUGGAAGUUUAGUUAGCGCUCUCUAGAAGUAGCUUCUGAAUCGAAGCAUCUGCUGGAGGUGAACCUUAAGCAAAAUGAAAAAGGAACCAUGAGCAGUUGUUUCUGUGAAGACYAUUUGUGGUGUCUGCAUAAGCUCAAUACAUUUUGCAGUUCCUCGAAAUUUCCYCAAUURUAGAUCAUAAUUUUCGUUUUUUGGUUCUUGAAGUGUAUGUGUGUGCCAAGUAAACUAGCUUAAUAUAUAAAUGAUUAGUAUAUGAAUUGAUAUCAUAGCCAAAGCGCCAUUACUAUCUUUAUUCAGAAAUAGGGUUCUUUCCAGAAAUGCACAAGUGGAUUGAACUACUUGGGGUGUAAAUAAUAUCAAUCUUUCGAUAAAAGUGGACACUGCAACAUCAUUGUUUUCUGUCAGUUACUUUUUCAAUCCCUUGUGAGUUUCUGGUUAUAAGAUUGAUCUGUAUCAUUAAGCUCACUUGUUAUUGACAGCUGUCAUUCAAGUGAUUGACAACUAUAUUUUAUGCAAAUCUCAUUUAUUCAUCAAGGCCAAGCCAUGGCUACAAGAAUUGUUUCAAUUGGUGGGAAAUUUGUUUGUAGAAUUCUUGGUAGCAGUGGCUUGAGCAGAUUUUUUUGUGGUGUCAAAGUGCAAGCACUAAACCGGUAAAAGUAGCAAAUUUAACUUAGAAUUAAAUUAUUGACACAACUAUUUUUAUUAAUAUUUAUAAUCGAGAGGUUUUAGUGCCUGCAUACUUAACAAUUGAUACACAAGUGUUCUUAUACGCACAAACUGGUUUAUUUUUUUUGAAGCUUGAUUCUUUAGCAGUCACGUGAUAAGUCACAUGACUUAUCUAUGACGUCAUCGUGCUGAGAGUAGAAACGUUUGGCGAAUUUGUUUUAAUGUGGUGUUAUAAGAACUACUUUGUGUGACCAUGUCGAAAUCAUUACAGUAGCCACAAUAUUUAUAGCUUGACAUUUUAACGUGAUUUAACGUUUUCAAAUUGUUGUAAAAAGGACUAAAAUUUCAUAGUGUCUUWCCAUUAGAAUGGAAUUUGUCCAUUUUAAGACCCAGAGGRCUGUGUGUGACUAACUUUUCAAGACUGAAACAGACCUGUUUUAAACCGAUAUGAGAUAUAGUGCAUCUUGAAGCACAAAAUUGGACAUGGGUUAGCUACGCACAGUCCCACUAGUAAGAAUUAAGCRUGCUAUAUUUGUACAUAGGCCAAGGUUAAUAAAAAUGUAAUGUAGAAAUGUCGGUAUUGUCGUUUUAAACAGUGUUUGAUUUGUAUGGUUAAGAGUUGGAGUUCACUUUAUUGGUGGCCAAUGUCUUAAUGUAAAGCACAGUUAUUCAUUUAAUAGCAAUAAAAGAAUUGAACAUUG